AUGUCUCAGAGAUUUAGUAGUACAAAUGCACAAUCUCCUCCUGCUCAAAGAUAUCCAGGACCUCAGGUUCCACCUUUGCGUCAAUUUGCCGGCCCAAGUUUUCCAAUUCAAAAUCGUCCUACUUUUAAUGGACCGCCAACUUCGGGUGGGAAUAUAAUGGCUCAGCAAAGCCCAAGAGCAUCGGCUCCUUAUGUUCCUAGACUUGGAGCUCCUAACCCGGCAAAAAGAGGACCUGGUGACAGAAAUCCUCCUCCAACAGCACAAUCUAAAACCGAUUUUGCUGUUCAUCAAAUGCCGAAAAAGAAAAAAAAAUUAGCUGAUAAAAUUUUACCUCAAAAAAUAAGGGAUUUAGUCCCUGAAUCUCAAGCAUACAUGGAUCUAUUGGCAUUUGAAAGAAAAUUGGACUCAACAAUUAUGAGAAAAAGGCUUGACAUACAAGAAGCAUUAAAAAGACCUAUGAAACAGAAAAGAAAAUUGAGAAUAUUUAUAUCUAACACUUUUUAUCCUUCUAAAGAACCUUCAGAAGGUGAAGAAGGUAGUGUUGCAUCUUGGGAGCUUAGAGUUGAAGGCAGAUUAUUAGAUGAUUCUAAAAAUGAUCCAAACAAGGUUAAAAGAAAAUUUUCAUCUUUUUUUAAAAGUUUGGUUAUUGAAUUAGAUAAGGACUUAUAUGGACCUGACAAUCAUUUAGUUGAAUGGCACAGAACUGCUACCACACAAGAAACUGAUGGUUUUCAAGUUAAAAGACCUGGAGACAAAAAUGUUAGGUGUACUAUUCUUCUUUUAUUAGAUUAUCAGCCUUUACAAUUUAAAUUAGAUCCUAGGUUGGCAAGAUUACUCGGUGUUCACACACAAACUAGGCCUGUAAUUAUAUCUGCUCUUUGGCAAUACAUAAAAACUCAUAAAUUGCAGGAUGCACACGAAAGAGAAUUCAUUAAUUGUGAUAAAUAUUUAGAACAAAUAUUCACAUGUCCAAGAAUGAAAUUUGCUGAAAUCCCCCAGAGAUUAAAUCCACUUUUGCAUCCUCCAGAUCCCAUUGUUAUUAAUCACAUUAUUAGCGUUGAAGGAACAGAGCAGAAACAAACAGCUUGUUAUGAUAUCGAUGUCGAAGUUGAUGACACAUUAAAAACUCAAAUGAACAAUUUUUUGCUGUCUACAGCAAGUCAACAAGAAAUUCAAAGUUUAGAUAAUAAAAUUCACGAAACGGUGGAUACCAUCAAUCAGUUGAAAACCAACAGAGAGUUUUUCCUUAGUUUUGCAAAAGAUCCACAACAAUUUAUUAACAAAUGGAUAAUUUCACAAACUAGAGAUUUGAAGACCAUGACAGACGUCGUGGGAAAUCCAGAAGAAGAACGUCGAAGUGAAUACUAUUAUCAACCGUGGGCACAAGAAGCCGUGUGUCGAUAUUUUUAUACAAAAGUCCAACAGAAAAGAGCAGAGUUGGAACAGGCUUUGGGCAUCAGAAAUGGUAAGUACACGUUUAUGUAA